AUGGAGUUUCUCGGAGAUAUCACUGGUCUUGACCCAAAUCGCCCCUCCCUGCUCGAACUUAUCGCACAAGAACAACUGCGCGACACCCUCCAACCGGCUAUCAAGUAUAUCCUAGCCGUGUUCGCACAGCAAUACCCUAGAUACUUGAUCCGAUUAGUAAAUCGUUUCGAGGAAUUCUACUCAAUACUUAUGCUUAUAGUGGAAAGACACUAUCUCAAAGUACAUGGUGCCUCUUUUGCAGAGAACUUUUAUGGAUUGAAACGACGACGCACGCCUGCCGUCGAAACUGUCAGGGUAAAUGCGGCCCUCAAUGAGAUCUCACCUCAUGAGAAACUUCAACCAAGAGAUAUAAACCGGUCCUUGUUCUUCCUCGUGGGUAUUCCCUACCUUCGCGCCAAGGCGCACCAGUACUACGAAGACUUUGGAGGCGGAAUUGAUUCAAGUUUGGUUGAUGGUGCCUCCCGGCCAUCGUUGAGCCAGCUGACACUGGCAGAUAAACUCAAAAAUGCAUACAAAUCAAUCUAUCCCUGGAUGAAUUUGGGCAUGGAGCUUUGGCAGUUAGCUCAUAGCUUGGGGUUCCGCAGACUAUGCUAUGUCCCAAAAAGCGCAGACAAGGAUCCCGCGCGACCCUCGGGCGUUUUGGCUUUGAUUCGGCAUUAUUUGUUCCAUAGCCGACGGCAGCUCCUCGACUCUCUCAAACUCCUUCUCCCAAUAUCCAUAUUCUUCCUUAAAUUCCUGGAGUGGUGGUAUUCGCCCUCCUCCCCAGCACGUGCCCUCUCCGCUCCCCGCUCUGGACCUGCUAUCCCACCCCCGGCAAAACUAAGUCCCCAUCCACGUGGAUUGGGCAUUGGCGACCUACCCUACGGAAUAUGCCCAUUGUGCCAUGAAAGACUCCAAAACGCUACAGCACUCCCGACUGGUCCUGACAACAUCUCUAUGGCACAGUUUGGAAAACAGAUCCAAAGCCAACAAAUACCUGGAUGGGGUGCAUAUUACCUCGACUAUAAGGCAUUGAAGAAGAUAAUAUCAUCACUUGCAUCGUCUCAAAUCUCCCAAUAUGAUGCCGUUCGACCCACCGACCUAUUGAAUCUCGCGAGCCAGCCUGUCCAGAUUGAGAAUGUACCACCAACCGAAGUUGCUUCUGAAUUACCCGAUGGUUUCUCAACGACAACGCUGUCACUCUACCCGGGGCAAGAGCACGAUCCCCCAGGUGCCGGAAACAUCAACUCAUUCUACUUGCUUAAGGAAGGCGAACUUAAACUGCGACUUGCGACUCUUCUUUCCAAGCGAAAAGCUGCUGCGAAACGAUCGGGUGCUCGAAGCUCGGGCGAUUCCAAUAUAGAUGAAGCGGAUGGGGUCGAGUGGCGGGCGGUCCAUGAAGGAUUUCGACUUCUCGAAAGAGAUUUGAGCAAAUUACAGAGUUUUAUCGAACUCAACGCUACCGGCUUUCGGAAAAUUCUCAAGAAAUGGGAUAAACGUUCGAAAUCACGAACAAAGGAGUUGUACCUUGCUCGUCAAGUCGAGGUCCAGCCCGUCUUCAAUCGAGAGCUCAUCGCAGAAUUGUCUGAUACGGUAGCUGCAUGCCUGCUUGACCUUACAAACGCUUCUAUAGAUGACUCGCCCGUCCAGCCAGGAUUGGGUUCUGGUGAUCUCAUGCUGACACAACACAUUGCGCUUAGUCGCGUGAGGCAUAGCAGUGCAAUUGCGGACUUGGAAGGCAACCUCAACAAGGCCAUUCAGAACUCUGAACCGAAUGAAACUCAUAUUCGACAGCUUUUAUCCCUGGCUCAAGAGGCGAUAACGACAUCAGACAAGAAUCAUAUUAUCCGGAUAUUAUGGAGAGCAGCAAUUGAGGCCCCGCGUAUUGUCUCGGAUGUGAUUGUCGAUUCUCCUCCUUUCGAUAUCGAAGCGAUAGACGAUAUAAGCGGACGAACCUUCCUACAUGAAACUGCUUUAUCCGGUCAGUUACGGUUGGUUGAGAUGGCGCUUGCUCGGGGGGUCGACCCGUCCAAACUUGACGUAUAUGCGCGAAGCGCGCUUCAUUAUGCCGCGCUAAAAGGCCAUUCAGAUGUGUGCAGGGCGCUACUCGCUUCGGGCGCUCCUUCGGAUGCUCUAGAUAUGGAUAAUUUCUCCCCAAUCAUUCAUGCAACUGUCAAUGGACAUCUAGAGUGCUGUAGUGCGCUUCUGGUCGACGGACACGUUAAUCCAAUGUCUGCGCAAGCGGGACAGGACCUCGCCCCUCUUUCUUUGGCUUGUAAACAUGGCCACAGGAACGUGGUUUUACUGCUACUCGCGCACGGAGCUACUAGCCAACCAAAUUCGAAUGGAGAACUUCCGCUUCACCUUGCGGCUCAAGAAGGCCAUGACGCGAUAUGUCGGUUGCUACUUCGCGACCCAUUCCAGGACGAUAUUCCCGACAAAUACAACGAAUGGACGCCGCUAUUUCAUGCCGCACGUUACGGCCGUAUUGAGUGUGUGAAGCUGCUACUCGAAGCCGGACACAACCAGACUGCUCUUGAUGACGUUGGUAGACAACCUGUCCACUACGCUACCUGGUUCGGUCACAUCGACUGUAUGCAUGCGCUUAGUCAAGCAAUUCAUCCCCUACAUGGUACAAUGUCCAAAUCAACAAAAGCUUCUUCAAUAUCCCCUGCGUCCGACCUAGAUGCGCCCCUUGAUUUUGACCUUGAUGCUGAUCCUAUACCAACUCUCUCAUUACCUCCGCCUAUUAUGCCCUUCCGAGUUUACGGGCACAACUACCUUGAUCAGAAUCAUCUUGUUCAAAUUGCGCUUGGGUGCCCAUGGACGUUACAUGACAGUCACGUUCUUCACCCUGUGGCUGGCGUUCAGCUGGUCCCCCGUUUACAGGGAAUUUCCAGCAAAGCGCUCCCUCAGUCCAACCCAUCACUGAAACUGGUGGCGACAUCCAAUUUCUCCGCUACCGAUCCCUCAUUCAAUGUUGUCCUACCACUCUCAGAUGACCAAGACAUAUUCUCCCUCCAAGUUAAGGGAUUACAAAACCUAACGUUAGAGUUCUCAGUCUAUCCCUCAUUUGGAUCUAAGGCUAUUGGGCGAGCUGUGGCGCUUUCCCACUCGUUCACUGAACUACAAGGCACAGGAAUGAUUAUUUUGCCGAUAUUGGACCACCGAUUACACCUCAUAGGCCAGGUUUCAUUUGAUGUGUGCAUAAUCACACCCUUCAGCAGCGCAGGUUUCGAUUUGAGCAGCAAGUUCGAAACUUACUGGAAGUCUUCAACUGCACCUCUGAAUUCAGUAACAACACCUGCAAGGCAACCUGCUUCGCGUCAAGGCUUUGCGGCGGGCGCUAAUUCUGCGAACGCAUCCCCUGCUCUGAAUGUAACUGUUACUCGGGAUCUUGUGCCUGUGGUAUUUUCACGUAAAUGGCUGCCAGUUCAUGGGUUUGACUUGAGUAUUGGGGUCGUGACGUAUGCGCAGUUCAAGAGUCUUUCUCAGGGAGAUACACUGAAGGGAGACCCCACGUCUACUUCAGAAUGGCAUUUCUCUUUAUCAUCAGGUUUCUAUUCCCUAGAGCAUGCCUUAACGGUGCUACCCCUAACAUUGGGUGCAUGUAUCGAGCUUGCUUGGUCACCAGGAUCGGACCGAAGACCUAAACAGGAUCUGAAUGCCAUCGUUGAUUCUGUUCUUCGUACUGUAUAUGCGGUCUCCCGCCCAAGUCGGACCAGCGAUUUACAGUCGUCAAGACGUAAACUAGUGUUGACAUCGUUUUGCCCCUCCGUAUGCACUGCCUUGAAUUGGAAGCAGCCAAAUUACCCAGUGUUCUUUUCUAGUUACUGUGGAAUGCUGCCUCGUGAAAACCACGACGCAGAGGCGAGUAUCGAAACAGCUCGGGGGGAUUUGCGACAACGGAGCAUCAGCGGCGCAGUUGACUUCGCAAAGGAGAAUAAUCUUCUAGGUGUUUUGGUUGAUGCCCGCUUAAUACGCCAAGUUCCAACUAUAGCACAAGCUGUCCGAGAUUCGAAUAUCCUGCUGGGUUCGUUUGGGUUACCCGACCAAGUGACGGUCAGCCUACCGGUUGGGCCAGAUCUUGAACCUCUGAACCUCGAUGCUACUCUCACGCAGGGAGUGCUGACGAUGCAUGAUCAUUUUCCAUCAGGCCAUCAAUUAUGA